AUGCGCCGCACACUCCUGCGGCAUGUGUACGAGGGAUUCAAGGGCACCAUCGCCGGCGAUAAAGGGUUUAUGACGUACCAGCAAGCGUGCUCCAUUUUUGGCUUUCAGAUGAGCGACAAGCUAGAGGCGAGUGAGAUAAAGAAGCGGUUCAACAAGCUCGUCCUCAAGUACCACCCUGACCACGGCGGUACGAGCGAGCAGUUCCAGCUGCUGCGGGAGGCGCACAAAAUCCUCCUGACGCAUCGACACGACAAGGGCGACGACACCCGCAAGAAGGGCGGGGAGGUGAAUUUUAGGCGUAUGAACUACGAUGACAUGACAAACACUAUCCACCGUCAGUCUGUUGACAAACCUGAAUAUCGGUCGUUUGACAUGCGGGAUUUUGCAUUUUUCUUUGCAUUUGUAGCGUUUGUGUUGUGCUUCUACUUGUAUCGGGCCUGGCGAACGCAAAUGCAUGUGCUGCGUAGCAGGUGGAGCUACACUGAGGAUCGCCUUGUCGCGGGGACGGCGCACGAUGAACCGAAGGCGUGGCACCCAUGGCGGUCGGACAUGGGAACGCGGGAUGUCAUGGACGAGAUCGGUGUCCUGCAGGGGAGCGUCAAGCGUGAGCUGGUGGAAGAGAAGCGGCGGCGGGCACCCGCUGUGUACGUGCCGUGGCAGCCCGGCGGCCCCUUCGCCCGGGGGAAGCAGUCCGACUCUCCAGCAGUCGUGCGAGAAAGCCACGAAUGA